CAGCUUUAUCGCUCCAGCCUUCAGCCAGCACCGCACCAGGCGCAACUCCUCCUCCACCUCCUCCUCCUCCUCCUCCUCCUCGGGUCGCGCGCGGCCCCGAGGGGGAACCGCACACGCCGCUGGCGACCAAAAAGUCUGCCCGCAGGUCGGCGCCAACUUCGCGGCCCCGAGCGUGGCGCUCGAGGUGGCCGCCGAGGUCUGCCAGCGCCCGUCCGCCACGGCCAACCUGCCCCUCGCCCUGGCGCGCGCUCGGGCCUCCUCCGCUCGGUCCUCCGCCGCCAUCGCGCUGCCGGCCCUGCCGAGCGCGGCGGCGCACACGGAGGCCCAGCCGGCGCUCGCGGCGUCGGCGUCGGAGCCCGCGGCCACCUGGAGCUCCUGGAGCCCCAUGCGGACGUGCACCUCCGACGACGACAAUGUCCUGAGAAGGGCCGCGGGGUUCUUCGGAGACCCGGGCAGCAGCCUCGAGGUCAACCUCACCCUGCCAGGGCCCGCGGGCGGCCAGGGCCCCGUGCUCGCGAGGCCCUGCGACAUCAAGGGCGCCACGAAGCUGGCCAUCGAGAUCCAGUGCCCCAACGUGCACCAGGAGCGCCAGGCGUUGCUUACAAACACGAAGUCCGUCACGAAGCUGAAGAACUGGACGGAGCUGCGGGGCGGGGACUCCGCCGACCCUGAAGACGUCCUUCCUCAAGAGAGGGCGUGGAUCGAGGACGACGCCAUGGACCUGUCCAUGAAGACCCUGGAGGAGGACCAGGAGAGGCGGCGGGCUCUCGCGCCCGAGACCAUCGGCGGUAGGCACCGGUCACAGAACGAGAAGAUGCUCGAGAAGCUCAGGAGACCCUGAACGGCGCCGCGGGCAGCCGGCUGCCGGGGCUCCGGCCCCCGGGCAAGUACCUCGGGCACGAGUGACACCGGAGGCUGCCAGAAGACUCGCUGCGACUGCCAUCCCUGACAGAUCAGACCCCCUCGAGCACGCCAACACGACCUGAGGCGCCCCAGCAGCCACCUGCAUCUCGCUCCUUGGGCGUCCCUGGGCCCCUUUGGCUGGGCGCGCGCUCGCCCCCCUGCGAGCUCCCUGCGGCUGCGGGCCGGCGGCGGCAGCGCCGGG